CUCUAACCUCGGUCGACCUCUACAUACACUAAGUCAACUUCGAUUUUCAUCUCCAAUGGAGGAGAGAGAAGGGCAAGGAAAAGGGCGAGGAAAAGUUUCUGUCUGGGCAUUGUAGGGAGAGAUUGGGGGCAAAGCUUCAGCUUCUGGUUUCCGAGUAACCAAACACCCCUUCCGAUUUUCUCUCUCCUCUUGUCUCCUCCCUUUCGCCGGAGAUUCUCGCCGCCACGCGAUCGAAUCCCGUCCCUCUGGCUCGAAGUUUUCCGGGAAAAUUUGCGUAGCAAGAGGAAGCUGGAUUCGGCGGUGACGGAGCGAAACUGAAGAAAUUUUCUCGGGAAAAUCGGGAAACGGAUGACGGUUGCGGCGAUUGGAAACGUACCUCCCGCAGCAGCAGCACCAGCUACUGCUCCAUGUACGAAUGCCGCAGAAGAUGGAAGUGGCGCAGUAGCUGCAGAGAUGAAGAAAGGCAUAAACUCAGAGCUAUGGCAGGCGUGUGCAGGGCCGCUGGUGAACUUGCCGGCGGCUGGGACCCACGUCGUCUACUUCCCUCAAGGCCACAGCGAACAGGUGGCUGCAUCAUUGAGGAAGGAUGUAGAUGCGCAAACCCCAAGUUACCCGAAUCUUCCCUCCAAGCUCAUCUGUCUUCUUCACAAUGUCACACUACAUGCAGACCCUGAUACAGACGAAGUGUAUGCUCAAAUGACACUCCAACCUGUUCCCUCGGUUGACAAGGAAGGAUUGCUGAGAUCAGAUUUGUCGCUUAGAACAAAUAAACCACAGCCAGAGUUUUUCUGUAAGACAUUGACUGCAAGUGAUACAAGCACCCAUGGAGGUUUCUCUGUUCCACGUCGUGCAGCUGAGAAGAUUUUCCCUCCUCUGGAUUUCUCUAUGACACCACCUGUACAAGAACUUGUGGCAAGGGAUAUACAUGACAACGUCUGGUCCUUCCGCCAUAUAUACCGAGGGCAACCGAAAAGACACUUACUUACAACAGGUUGGAGUUUGUUUGUCAGUGGAAAGAGGCUUUUGGCUGGUGACUCUGUUUUAUUUAUAAGAGAUGACAAAAAGCAGCUUCUAGUGGGCAUACGUCGUGCUCAUAGGCAAUCCACUAACAUGUCUUCUUCUGUACUCUCGACGGAUAGUAUGCACAUAGGUAUCCUAGCAGCAGCCGCUCAUGCAGCUGCCAACAAUAGCCCUUUCACUAUCUUUUAUAACCCGAGGACAAGUCCUUCAGAGUUUGUUAUUCCUUUAGCCACUUAUUACAGGGCGGUCCAUGGCAACCAAAUAUCUCUUGGCAUGCGCUUUCGCAUGAUGUUCGAAACCGAGGAAUCUGGGACGAGAAGGUACAUGGGUACAAUCACAGGUAUAAGUGAUCUCGAUCCUGUGAGAUGGAAGAACUCACAAUGGCGUAAUUUGCAGGUUGGCUGGGAUGAGUCAACUGCCGGGGAAAAACGUAAUCGCGUUUCAAUCUGGGAGAUCGAACCAGUAACUGCACCGUUCUUCAUAUGUCCACCGCCAUACUUCAGGUCAAAGCGGCCGAGGGAACCGGGACUACUACCAGAUAAUGACUUGACCGAUAUGGACCACAUGUUCAAGAGAGCAAUGCCUUGGCUCGGGGACAAUUUCUUGUUGAGAGAUUCUCAAGGACUUCCCGGGUUGAGCUUGGUUCAAUGGAUGAACAUGCGACAAAACCCGACUCUGUCUCAUUCCUUACAAUCCGAUUAUUUGCACUCCUUGUCGGGAUCUACUCUUCCAAAUUUCACUGGAUCGGAUCUUUCACGUCUUCAGUUUGGAUUCUCGCCACCUCAAAUCGCCCAGCCGAGUAGUUCGGAUUUUACACAGAGGUUACCUCAACCAGUCCAACAAGUGGGUCAGCUUCCUAAGAUCCCUUCUUCGAAUCCUCUGGGCUCUAACGUGCAGCCACAGCAAAAUAUGAUGAGCCCAACGUUACCGACGAGUCAAGUCCCGGCCCGAGUUUUGCAGACACAGAAUAUUUUGCAGGGUAACGAUGUUCUUCAGAAGCAAGUGCCUUCUCUCCCGAACCAACAACUCCCAAGGAACAUUUCACAUAACCUUGUUCUUCAGCAGCAGCAGCAACUACCACAGAAAACGGACCAAAACUUCGUGGUUUCAAAUCAGCAACAGAACUUGAUGAUGCAACCUCAGCUUACAGAUCAAGUAAACCGGCAUUUACAAAUACCUGAUAAUCAAAUCCAACAACUUCUGCUAUUGCAGAAGCUACAGCAGCAGCAGCAAGCACUCGUAGAUCAUCCGUCCCAGCUCGGUUUGGUCCAAGAUCAGCCGAGGCAGAUGUUAGAUGGGUCCCAGGCCUUACCGAAGUCUACUACUUCCACUCAGAUUCCGGAAACACCUCAAGUAGUGCAAAUGUCUCUACCUCAGCCGAGUAUUGUAGCUCAGCAAAUGGCAAAGGGUGGAAACCGAGAUGCAGGGCUCGGUCAUUUUACACAGCAGUCAAAGCUCGAGAACCGACAAAGUGUUAAAUUGUCUGAAUGGCCAGGGCGUGUAGAUCUGUCUCCGAUUCUGACAAGUCCCCAGCUUUCUGUUACCGGCGCGAGUAGUAUGACAGGGAUGGCCAGUGAUAUCCCAUCUUGUCCUAACGGAGUCCAGCUUAUGUUAAAUAAACGAUCCGAUAUGAGUUUGUCCAAUGGAGAUGGCAUUGUUCACUCGGGUUCCACGCUUUUGCAUCCCGCUGCUCGGGAAACCGUUGCAUCGGACAAGAAUCAUAAGAAGCUGAAGGAAUCAUGGCCUAAGUGUGAUGUGAGGCCUUCACUUGAUAUCUCAAAGUGUCAAAGCCAGGGCUUUUUACCUCCACAGUCGUAUAUCAACGGGACUCUUGCUCAGACCGAGCAUUUUGAUACAUCUUCUUCGACAACUUCGGUAUGUGUCCCUCAGAAUGAUGCAUAUGUUCUGCAGAACAACAACUCGUUUUCUUCUAACCCGAAUUCCUCAAUGAUGAGAGACUCGGGUCAAGAAAGGGACGUUCAAACCGUUCUUUACGUUGCUGACAUCGAGGGUCAUCUAGGGAUGCCCACUAACAGUGACCCGAGGAAGGAGUUAUCGAAUACUCUGGCUCCGGGUUGUAUUCUCGAGAACUACGAUAACUCCAAGGAUACUCAGCAGGAACUUUCAUCAUCAAUGGUAUCUCAGUCAUUCGGUGUCCCAGACAUGGUGUUCAAUUCGAUUGAUUCCAACGUCAAUAACGGUGGUUUCGGAAACUCGAGUCAGUGGGCAUCACAGCCACAGUUUCAGAGAAAACGGACUUUUACCAAGGUGUACAAACGUGGGGCGGUUGGGCGAUCAAUUGAUAUAACCCGUUAUUCCGGAUACAAUGAUCUCAAACAAGAUCUUGCUCGUAGAUUUGGAAUAGAGGGUCAGUUGGAAGACCGAGGAAGAAUCGGCUGGAAGCUCGUAUAUGUGGAUCAUGAGAACGACGUCCUCCUCGUCGGAGAUGAUCCAUGGGAGGACUUUGUAAACUGUGUAAGAUGCAUCAAAAUCCUUUCGCCACAAGAAGAGCUCGACGGCGACUUUGGAACCUCAGGACUUCACAACCAAGCUUGCAGUAGUUCCGACAAUGGAGCCUGAAACCCGUCACAGUUCUUGCCUCGGAAUCACUUUUAUCGAUCGCUGAUACUCUCCCUGGUUUUCGUCUAAUCGCUCGGGAGCUCGGAAUCUUUUCAUUAUUCAGAUAUGAGAUCAAAGGUAGUGACGUCUUAACUUUAGGAACUUAGAAAUGGAUGGUUUCCUCUGUGGUUUUUUAGGGUUCUUGGAGAUGGAACUUGAUCACUGUGGGAUGAAGGAUUUAAGUGUAUAAAAGAUUACUGUAGGUUAAUGUGUUGUGUUUUCAUAUUAAUGUUUUACCAUAUGACGAUGAUCUUAUAUUAUGUCCGAGCAGACUUCACAAUUUCUUGGUUGUAUUUUUUUUUUGGUCCUCCUUGUAA